GUUAGAGGGCUUAAUUAAGGUUAGAGGGGUAAUUAAUCCUCAUGACUAGCAGAAGCUUGACACCGUUAGUCAUUAAGGACAUUUCGUGCAUUUCAUCCCCAAAGUAAGGGUACGUGGUACGUUUUUGAAAGAACAUGGGGUACUUGGUGAAAAAAUCGUAUUUUUUAACUGAACUUAUUUCCAGAACGAAAAUUAUUUUUCUUAACUGGACUUUUUUAAAAAAAAAACUGAAUUUAUUAUUAUUGAAGUGGACUUAUUUUUGCUGAAACUCGGAACAAUUUAUUAAGAAUUGAAAAUGAUUUUUGCAAAACUUAUUUUUGCUAUUUUUUUUUUCUUUAAUUGAACUGAACAUAUUUUUAUUGAAACUAAGAUGUAGAGAACAAAGCCUUAUGAAAUGUAAAAAACAUGCAACAUUUUUUUUGUGACUUUUCCUACUUACGAGUUACUAACUCGUUUCUUUUUAAUUGUUACACUUUGACAUUUUUCACUAUUCAUAAAUUGCACUUUGACCGUCGUUUGUGAUUUAUAUGUAAAAAAAACAUAGUUAUGUGGGGUCUUGUUAGAUUCGUCUUAGUAUAUAUUGUAUUAAUAUGUACAUUUUAUAAUUUUUCCAAAUACAAAGUAGAGACAUAUAUCCUCAAAUUUAUGCAUUGACAUACGUGAAAAGUGUAAGUGUAACAAUUAAAAAGAAAUGAAAGGGGUAUAAUUUUAUUUUUGAUCUAUAGAAAAUGAGUUUAUUUUUAUUUUUUUUGAUGGGGAAAAUGAGUUUAUUGGCUUAUUAAAUUUGUUUGUUGUAUAUAAUUGAAAAUUUGACAAAUAUUUUGAAACUUUACAAAAAGAAGAUUUUUGAUAACUAUAAAUGGAGGGAAAUGGUAGUUACCAUUAUCCAUUUCAUUUACUUUGGCUAUACCAAAUAAUUUAAGGAAAAUUUGGCAGAAACAAUCUUUUGAAUACAAGUUUUUACGAGAAACAACCUUUUAAAAGAAUCUAGUAAAAGAAACCGCAAAAAAAAAAAAAAGCGAGGAACAACCUUGACUUGUUUUCCUACACUCAACAAGUAUGAGCAGGGUAUGUGACAUCUACGUGACACAUAUGUUGAUAAACAAUUACUCCUAUCUUCAUUUGCGAAACAGUCUAAAAACCGCAUUUUUUAUGUAUUAACCCGGUUUAUAAUAUUACAUUUUUUACGUUUCAACCCUUUUUAGAAUCUUCUUUUACAAUAUUUUUAUUUCUGGCAAAAAAUUGCAUUUAAAAAGUUGUUUGUGAAAAAAGUUCCAUUUGUUCUAAAAAGCUUGCUUCCUCUAUCCUAUAAUAUAGUGCUCACAUUCCUUUUAGGAUGUCCCAAAAUAUUGUGCCAGUUAUUUUUUUUGUUAAUUUAUUUGGACUAAAUUAUCCUUCAUUUCUACAUAAACUUUCCAAUAUACUUCUAUAUUUCUUUAAAAUAUGUGCCCUUAUUUAUUAUUUUUCAUUAUUUCAAUGAACAUUUAUUGCUUUUUUAUUUUAAUUUAAAACAAAAAUAAAAUAAAGAGUUAGUUCCAAGACAAAUGUAUUAAGAAAGCACCUACUCCUUUCAUUUUCCUUAAUUCUCGUGAAAAAUGAGAAGUAAGCACUAUAUCAUUAGACGAAUGGAGUGUUUCCGUAACAUGCAAAUAAAGUUGUUAUCGAUGGUUGGUUGUGGCCAUCGAAAAGUUUCAAUCAGUUGCGCCAAGGUUGGUGGUUUAAAUUAGUAACAGUUCAGUAUGUCGGUUUUUUGCUUUCUGUGCUGAGGGUCAAGUUGACUCACGAUGUUCGUGAGCAAGGACGAGGUGAUGAUAGGCUUUCAUGGUUGGGAUGCGUAUUUACCGGUUUUGAAAACCGACGGUGUGUUCGAGGGCUCAACUUGUUUGGCUCUCCUUUUAGCUCGACAUUAACCUUCAUGGUCUUUGCCCUAAAAACUUCAAAUCUGCAGGCGGCACUAGCUCCAGUUGCAUCUGGAGGUUUGCAACACGCCCACUCAUCAGCGUUUCUCUUUUAUCAAGAAGAAAUCUGACAUACUCUCGCUCGAGAGUAGUGAGUCACAUUUUCAUCAAGAAGAAACCUGACAUACUCUCGCUCGAGAGUAGUGAGUCACAUUGGAAUGUGACUCUUCACAUGGUUCUGAGAUUAGAAUCCCGAGUGACGACAGAUCAUUGGGAUUGCUCAUACAGCGAGACGCGACGCUUGUCGUUGGUUGUUCGUUGUCGAAAUCGUGAUCAUCAAUCGCUUCAUCAAACAUCCGAGGUUUGCAUCCACCAUCAUCACUGACCAGAGACGCCCCCUUUCUACGCGACUUUGUUUUGUUUGUAUUUAUUUAUGUAUUAGGUGGAAUGUACGAGCUCUUAAGGCUUUUUUAGGUUUAUGUAUUUGUUUUAGUUUGGAUUGUAUUAGCAUUAGGCUGUACAUCCUCUUUACAACCUCUUUUAAUUAAUACACGAUUUUCCAAGUAAAAAAAACAGAAUAUUAGUGUUUCUCCAAACCGAAGGAAAAUAAAAUGGAGGAAUCAACUAAGAAUUUAGGACAAUAUGACAAAGCAAUUUAAUCAGAGUAUUAAUGUACAAAAUGUUGAUAAAUUUCAUUAAGUCAAAGCUAUGGAGUAUACAAAGCAUUGAAUAUUUGGUCAUUAAUGGAGUUGUUUGUCAGUUUGCUGGGUGCAGUUGUUACUGCUGCCAUGGCUGACUGCUUUAUUAGGUGAGUAGUUUAUUUUCCUAUUCUGGGUUGAUAUUGCAAUAGUUAAGGAAUAAUUUAGCAGUUGAUGUUUCUGGUUUUAUCAAUUGAAAAAGUCAACUAGUUUUAAAUGCUCUUUCUUCAUAACUCUCUCUCUCCCUCUCAAUUUUCUCUCUCCUCUUAUGAAUGGAACAGUAUUUCGGUGCUCAUUUAUGAUUUGCAUGGAAGAAUGUAAUUUCUUUCUCUCUUUCUUUUUCUCCCAUACCACUUUAGCUGUCAAUUUCUUGCUCAAAAAUUAUCCAUCCUCCCAAUUCUUGCAUUUCUGACUUCAUUCAUUGAAAUUUUCCCUCUUUCUUCAUUUUUUCUUUCACCAUGUUCUGUUUUUAAGCUUAUUAUACAAUUACCCACAAAAAAAGAUGAAAUUUUUACUCCAUAAUUGAGUUUUUUCCUUCAAAUACUGCAAUAUUGAUGAUCUGGGUAUUUCUCUAAGGUGAUAAAAAUGGCAUCUUUGAGGUUUCUUCUUUUGUGUUUUAUCACUCUGUUUUUGGUAACUUUCUAUUUUGGGUAUAGUUCAUGCAUGGAAAACUCCACUCUUGAUACUCUCUUACAGGUGAAGAAAUCAUUUCUUGAAGACCCAAAUGAUGUGUUGAAGGAUUGGUCUGAAAAAAACCCAGAUUUCUGCAAAUGGAGAGGUAUAAAAUGUAACUCAGUUGGUGUUGUAGUGAGUUUAAACCUUUCCGAGUCAUCACUCAGUGGGUCAAUAUCUCCUUCACUCGGUGGUUUACAACACCUACUCCACCUUGACUUAUCUAUGAACCAACUCAGUGGGCCCAUACCAACUAAUCUUUCAAACCUUUCUAAAUUAGAAUCUUUGCUUCUUUUCUCAAACCAACUCAGUGGGACCAUUCCUACUCAACUUAGCUUAAUCACAAGUCUUAGUGUCAUCAGAAUUGGUGACAAUGAUCUCACUGGUUCAAUACCUACUUCAUUUGGGCAACUCUCUAAUUUGGUCAUUUUGGGUUUAGCUUCUUGUAGUUUUACUGGUUUAAUACCUCCUCAAUUGGGAAAAUUAACCAACCUUGAAAACUUGGUUUUACAAGAUAAUUUUUUGGUUGGUCCAAUACCAUCUGAGCUUGGUAAUUGCACAAAUCUUGUUGUUUUUACAGCUGCAGUAAAUAUGUUGAAUGGUAGUAUUCCUCAAGAACUUGGUCAGCUUCAAAAUCUGCAAACUCUGAAUCUUGCAAACAAUAGUUUAUCUGGGGAGAUUCCUGACCAAAUUGGUGAGUUGGGUCAGCUUAAUUACCUUAAUUUAUUGGGAAAUGAGCUUGUGGGUCAAAUCCCAAGAUCAUUAGCUAAAUUGGGUAAUCUUCAAAGCCUUGAUUUAUCAGUGAAUAAGCUCAGUGGAGAGAUUCCUGCAGAAUUUGGCCAAAUGAAUCAGCUAGUAAGCUUGGUUUUGUCAAGCAAUAGUAUUUUUGGUGGUAUACCACCAGAUAUUUGUUCAAAUACAACUAGCCUUGAAAGCUUGUCUCUUUCAAAUGCUCAACUUUCUGGUGGCAUCCCGCCAGAAAUUGGACAAUGUAAGUCCUUAACAAGCCUUGAUUUAGCUAAUAAUACACUCAAUGGUUCGAUACCGGUCGAGCUAUAUCAGCUGGUUGAGCUGACUGAUUUGUAUUUGUAUAACAACAGUUUGAGUGGAUCAAUAUCUCCUGCCAUUGGGAAUCUCAGCAAAUUGCAGACUGUGGCACUUUAUUAUAACAAGCUAGGUGGAUACUUGCCUAAAGAGAUUGGUAUGUUGGAAAAACUGGAGGUUAUAUUCAUCUAUAACAACCAAUUUUCUGGGGAAAUACCUUUGGAAAUUGGCAAUUGCUCAAGCUUACAAAUGAUUGAUUUCUAUGGGAAUCAAUUCACUGGGAGGUUGCCUGCUACCAUUGGACUGCUUAAGGAAUUGAAUUUCCUGCAUCUUCGACAGAACGAUUUGGUGGGUGAUAUUCCUGCCACCUUGGGGAACUGUCAGCAGCUUACAAUCCUCGACUUGGCAGAUAACCGUCUUUCUGGAGGGAUCCCGGUCACAUUGGGCAAUCUGAAAGCGCUACAGCAGUUUAUGCUGUACAAUAAUACUCUUGAAGGUAACAUCCCUGAUGAACUGAAAAACUUGUCUAACUUGACAAGAGUGAACCUUUCAAAUAAUAAGCUGAAUGGUAGUCUUGCUCCUUUAUCUAGUUCAACUUCAUUGCUUUCUUUUGAUGUGACUAACAAUGCAUUUGAUCAUGAUAUUCCACCUCAAUUGGGGAAUUCUCCUUUACUUGAAAGGCUUAGACUAGGAAGCAACCAUCUCACCGGGAAAAUUCCUAGAACAUUCGGCUUUAUACGCGAAUUAUCCUUGUUAGAUCUUUCAAGAAAUUCGCUUUCUGGUUCGAUACCCUUUGAGCUUUCCUUUUGCAAGAAACUCUCCCAUGUUGAUCUUAAUGGAAACCAUCUCACUGGCAGAAUACCAACAUGGUUUGGGAGUUUGCCACAGUUGGGAGAAAUCAAAUUGUCCUCAAAUUCACUGUUUGGUCCUUUACCACCCCAAUUAUUCAAUUGCUCUAAACUUCUUGUCCUUUCUCUAGAGGACAAUCAGCUGAAUGGUACCUUGCCAACAGAAGUUGGUAAUCUUGCAUCUCUCAAUGUGCUUCAGCUCAGUAAAAACCAAAUUUCUGGUUCCAUCCCUCCUUCCAUAGGCAAACUUAGCAAGCUCUAUGAGCUUCGACUUUCAUAUAACCACCUCAAUGGUGAAAUACCAAUUGAGAUUUCUCAACUCCAGAAUCUCCAAAUCAUGCUGGACCUUAGUUUCAACAAUCUCAUUGGGCAUAUUCCGCCACAAAUCGGAUCACUUUCAAAGUUAGAAGCUCUCAGUCUAUCCCACAAUCAACUUACCGGCAGUGUUCCUCCUCCGAUUGGUGCAAUGAUCAGCUUGAGCAUGCUUAACCUCUCGUACAACAACCUCGGAGGGAAGCUUGAUGAACAGUUCUCACACUGGCCACUUGAUGUUUUUGUUGGGAAUAAGCUCCUCUGUGGGAAGCCUCUUGAACAUUGCAGUGCAACCAAUGCAAGCAACCAUAAACAUUCACCCAAAGCAUUGAUACUCUCAUCAUUUCUUGCUGUUGUAGCUGCUGUGGUCUUACUACUCGGACUGGUGAUCUGCAUCAGACGAAGAAGAGAGAUCAUCAAGAGAUCAAGGGAAGUAGGGAGCACUUUCUCCUCCAGUUCCUCCAACACAAACCGUCGCUUGCUCAAUUCAAAAUCCCCUAGGAGACAACCAGAGUACAGAUGGGAUGACAUAAUGGCUGCAACAAAGAACCUGAGUGAUGCUUAUAUUAUAGGUUCAGGUGGUUCGGGUACGAUCUAUAAGGCUGACUUAGCAUUUGGAGAGACAGUAGCAGUCAAAAAGAUAGCAAGGAAAGAUGAUCUGUUGUUGGAUAAGAGCUUCGCAAGAGAGAUUAAAACACUCGGGAGGAUAAGGCACAGGCAUCUGGUAAAGCUGAUUGGGUAUUGCAGCAACAAAGGAGCAGCCUCAAAUCUUCUAAUAUAUGAUUAUAUGGAGAAUGGGAGUGUUUGGGACUGGCUUCAUGGUCAAGAAAACAGCAACAAGAAAGUGGGAAAGAAGGGACUCGAUUGGGAGACGAGAUUAAAAAUAGCUGUGGGGUUAGCACAAGGAGUGGAGUACUUGCACCAUGACUGUGUGCCAAAGAUCAUUCAUAGGGACAUUAAAUCAAGUAAUUUGUUGCUGGAUUCUAACAUGGAGGCUCAUUUGGGAGAUUUUGGACUGGCAAAGCAAAUUCAUAGCAAUUAUGAGUCUAUCAAUGACACAGAAUCUGGUCUAUGGUUUGCUGGAUCUUAUGGAUACAUUGCUCCAGAGUAUGCAUACUCAUUGAAGGCAACAGAAAAGAGUGAUGUUUACAGCAUGGGAAUUGUAUUCAUGGAGCUUGUAACUGGAAAAAUGCCAACAGAUGGGAGUUUCGGUACAGACAUAGACAUGGUUAGAUGGGUGGAAACCCAUAUAGAAAUGGAAGGACCAGAGCGCGAAAAGCUGAUUGAUCCAGGUUUGAAGCCUCUUUCUCCUAUUGAAGAAUGUGCAGCUUUUCAGGUUCUAGAAAUAGCACUUCAAUGCACCAAGACUCACCCUGCUGAAAGACCGAAUUCGCGCCAAAUCUGUGAUCAACUCCUACAGAUCUACAGAAAUAGGACAGUUGGUUCAGCCAAGAGUGAGCAUCUGAUAGUGUGAAUUGUGCAGAAGCAUUCUGGAUCAGUGUUACUUCAGUGCAUCUUAAAGAAGAGUACAUUGCUUUUAAAUUUGAUUUUUUUAAGGGAUUUCUUGCUAACACACUGAUUAUCAUAAGUGUAUUUGUUGACUAUGAUGACUUAUUUUGUUAUAAUUGUAAGCUGCCUCCAAAUAUCAGCUACUAUGAUCUACUAUGAUGUAAAUAAGACAUAUUUAUCAAAUGUUAGUGGUGGGUUUGUUAUUUUCUUA